GAAAAUAGUAUAUAAACCGAUCAUCAUUUAGAACAUUUCAUUCAUAAUACACUAUAUGAAUAAUCAUGAUGAUGUUAACAUUCAUUCUGUUUACAUUAAUUCUACAUAUACAUUGUAAUACUGAUAUUGAUACAACUAUUUCUAUUAAGGAUCAACUAAAUAAUGAUCUAGAUCCAUUGAAUAUAACAAAUGAUCCUACUACUACUACUACUACUACUACUACUAGCACUACUCUUAAUAAUACAGAUACCAUUUCAUCUAUAUUCAAUCCUAAUGUAACUUAUGUCAUUUUACCAACAGUAUUUUAUUUAGGUCAAACUAAUUUAAUUACUGUACGUAGUCGUCAACCAAAUACACAAUUAUAUAUUUCAAUGAAUGUCACUGACUUAUUACCGUAUACAAUUGAAGAUCCAAAUCAAUUAUAUUCUUUAAAACAAUUAAAUACAACAGAUUAUUGGUAUGGUUUAGAUAUACCAUAUGAAAUUCCAUUUAUUUUUACACAUGAUCAUUCUAUAUGGGUUAAAUUAAUAUUUCAUUUCACUCAUUGUUUAAAUAACAAAACUAAUCUUAUCUCCAAUAAUCAUCAUAAUAAUAGUGAGAAGAAUGGAUCAUGUAUUGAUUAUAAAACAACUGAAGUAAUCCAUUCUAUUCAAUUAAAACAAUUACCAUUAAUUACAUUUGGUGAAACGGAUAAACCAAUUUAUAAACCUGGUGAAUAUGUACGUUUUCGUUUUUUAACUUUAAAUAUUCAUAAUUUAUUACCGAUAUCAACGAAUAUUUUGUUGCCAACAAAGAAAUUAAUCAUACAAAAAGGUUCUAAAGGUCAAUUAAUUGAAAUGAAUCAAUUAGACUUAUAUAAUUGGUAUCAUAUUAUAUAUGAUAGUAUUACUAUUAUAGAUCCUAUGGAUAAUACUAUGAAACAAUGGUUAAAUCUAACAUCUAAACAAGCAUAUAACUUAACUUUCCCUAUAUUAAAUAAUAGUAAAGAAGGUAAAUGGAGAAUACAGGCUACCAUUAAAAAUCAUAAUAUUGAAACACUUGAAUUUACAGUGAAAAAAUAUACAUUACCAAAGUUUACUGUAACAUUAGAAACACCGAAAAAUUUUACUAUGGAAUCAAAAUAUGUUCAAUAUUCAAUCUGUGCAAAAUAUACAAAUGGACCACCAUUAAAAGGUUAUAUACAAUCUAUAUUAUGUGCAUGUCAUGAAUAUAUAUGGGAUAAACAAUUUUCUAAAUUAGAUAAUGAACAAAUUAUUCAAUCAUUAUUAAAUACACCUAAAUGUCCAUCGGAUCAUUAUGAAACAAAAACAAGACCAUGUAUUCUAAUGAAUUAUCCCUUAGAUACAAAUGGUUGUAAACUAAUUAAUAUAUCAACUCAUCCAUUUGCCUUAGCAACUAAUCAAUAUUCGAAAUGGCAACAAAUAAGUAUAUUAUGUACACAAGUUAUAGAAGAGGAUACAAAUUCUAAAUUAUUUAAUUGUAUCAAAGGUGAUAUGAUUCAACAAAUUUAUCAACCAAGUAUACAAUUAGAAUUACCACAAGUAUAUAAAUCAAAAUUACCAAUUUUAGGUAAAAUUAAAUUAAAAAAUUUUGAUCAAACUAUAAAUUAUAGUGUGAAAUUAUCUGUAACAGAUCAAAAAUGGGGUUGUUAUUGGCAAAAUCUGGAUCAAAGUAAUGAACAUUAUUUAAAUAUUUUGCCAAUCAAUUCAUCUGGUGAAAGUACCUUUUCUAUACCACCAAUUACAUCAAAACAUUCUAUAUCGAUUGAAGCUGAAUUAUUACAAUCAUCAAUGAAUUCAACAAAUUCAUCAUCAUCAUCAUUGACAAAUAGAACCAAUUCAAUGAAUCAAAAUCCAUCACAUUUUUAUUAUUGGCCAUCUAAACAACCAUGGAUCCAAGAGAAUAGAAUUAUUGAAAGUGUUAUAUUAAGAUCAUGGGAUUCAAUCAAUCAAAUUUAUUUACAAUUAUGGCCACCACGUGAUAAAAUUAUGACAACCUGUCCAAAUCGAAUCCAAUUAACAUUAUUAUCAAAUAUACGUUUAUCAGAUAAAGCAAUUUUUAUAGAAUCUGUGAUCAGGGGUAAACAUCAACAAAUUAUUAUACCAGCAUUGAAUAAACUACCGAAUCAUUUAGAUCAUAAUGAUUAUUGUAUUAAUCGUGAUGAUGAAUUAGGUCAUUAUAAUUGUUUAAGUUGGAAUUCAACAGAAAUUCAAUGUUUACCUGGUUGGACUGGUGAAAAUUGUUUAAUUCCUAUAUGUUCUAUAGAAUGUAAUAAAAAUGGUGGAUUUUGUUCAAAACCUAAUCAAUGUCAAUGUAAAUCAGGUUGGACUGGAAUAACAUGUAAUCAAUGUAUUAAACGUGAAAAUUGUUUACAUGGUAAAUGUUUACUUGGUAAUGAUUGUGUAUGUGAUUCUGGUUGGACUGGUUAUUUAUGUGAUAGUAAAAAAGUAAUUUAUGAAAAAUUUGAAGAUGAUAAUGAAACAAAUCAUACAGAUAAUGUUACCGAGGAAAUAACUAAUCAACAACCCAUGGAACAUUCUAUCACAAAUUCAUCAUUUGAAAAGAUAAAUAUAAAACCAAUUCGUACACUAUAUCAACGUAAUAUAGAAUUUCAUAUUGAUGGUUCAUGGGGACCACAAUUUACUGCGGUACUUUAUAUUCAUCAUUAUCAUCAUCAGCAGCAUGAUCAAAUGAUACCUGAAAUUAUUUCUACACAAAUUACAAUAGAACAAAUUGAUAAUUGUUCAAGUAAUGCUAUUGCAUUACAAUCAAUAUCUAAUCAAACUAAUUUAAAAUUAAGUCAAACAAUAGCAGAUCCUGGUGAAAAAAUUCAAAUGAUUAUCAAUCCACAAGGUUUAUCUCAAUCAAUCAAUCAUUCUGAUAUAAAAUCAAUAAAAUUCAAUCAAUAUUAUGAUCAAGAUCAAUUAUUCAAUGAAUUAUGCUUUAUUCGUAUUUCUGAUAUAUCAUUAGAUAAUUACCAUGGUGAUAAAAAUUUAAUCAAUUUACAAUAUUUUAAUAAUAAAUUAAUUGAAUUUAUUAAAGAAAGUGAAUAUAGACCAUUAGUUGCUAGUUCAACACAAGAAGCAUUUUUAGCUGCUGGUUUUCAAAUUGGUUCAACUUAUCCAGAACCAACUUUUAUUCAACGUGUUUAUCCAUGUCCUUAUUUAGCUUAUUCAAAUUCAUUAGAUAUUGUAAUGGAUGAUAGUGUUGAUGAUAGUGUAUAUAAAACAGGAAAUUCUCAAACAGAUUCAUUACGUAAAAAAUUACAUCAUGUAAUGAAACCAAGAUUAAGAGAUUUCUUCCCUGAAGUAUGGUUAUUCGAUGUUAUACCGAUUACUAAUUUACCAAUUAAUGAUGCUAAUAAUGAAAAUAAUAUUAAAAAUAUCGAAUUCAAACAAACGAAUACAUUAAAAGGUAUUGAACUUAAUCUUACUGUACCAGAUACUAUAACAAGUUGGAGAGCAUCAGCUUAUUGUACAACAAAACAGAAUGGUUUAUGGAUUGGUGAACCACAAAUUUUAACUGUAACUAUGCCAUUUUAUAUUGAAAUCACUUUACCAAAAGAAAUGAAACGUGGUGAAAUUUUACACAUUCCUAUUAGUAUCUUUAUAUUAGAUAGAAAAUAUCUAAAUCCUAUUUAUAAUCAUCUUAAUCAAACAGAAUGUUAUGCUACUAUAAUGAGAAUACAAUUAAAUAAUACGGAAUGGUUAAUAACUACAUCUAAUGAAUUUACUGGUUGUAUAUGUUCUGGUGAAAAAUUAACUUAUUUAGUUGGUUUAUUACCACAACAAUUAGGUCAAUUAAAUGUAACGGUUGAAGCAUUUGCUAGUAAACAUGGUGAAUCUUGUGAAUUCAUUCAAACGAAUAAUAAUGAUGGUAGUCAAAGUUUAAUAGUUGAAUCACAAAUGAAAAUAAAUCAAUCUAAAUUAUUAUCUGAUAAAAUAACUCGUCAAAUUCAUGUCAUCCCUGAAGGUAUUCAACAAGAGACAACACUUAGUGAUAUUAUUUGUUUAAAUGAACAACAAACUAUAUCAAUGCGUCAUUUUGAAUUUAUGAUACCUAAUGAUAUUAUUAAAGAUUCAUUUCAUAGUUAUAUAUCAUAUAGUGAUGAAGUAUUAGGACCAGCAUUAGUCAAUUUAGAUAAUCUUAUACGUUUACCAACUGGUUGUGGUGAACAAAAUAUGAUAUUAGUAGCACCAAAUGUUUAUAUAUUAGAUUAUUUAAAAUCUAUACCAAAUACUGGAUUCAAUGAUAAUAAAGAAAAAUAUAUACAAUCCGCUCAAUCUUAUAUUGUAUCUGGUUAUUAUCAACAAAUGAAAUAUCGUCGUGAUGAUGGAUCAUUUUCUGCAUUUGGUCAAUCGGAUAAACAUGGUAGUACAUGGUUAACAGCAUUUGUAUUACGUGUAUUUUCUAAAGCUUAUCUAUUACAAUCCAAUUUAACGAUUGAUUGGAAUCAUUUAUUUAAUGGUACUGUAAAUUACUUAUUAACUCAUCAAAAUAAUGAAACUGGUUGUUUUGAAGAAUAUGGUAAAGUAUUAUAUUCUCCAUUACAAGGUAUUAGUGGAAUAGAUGAAAUACAAUGGAAAGAUAUUCUACUAACAAGUUAUGUUAGUUCAGCAUUAUUUGAAAUACAAUCAACAUUGAAUAAAGAUAAUCAUGAGAAUUAUUUACAUGUUAAAAUUUAUACUACUGAAAUAAGUAGAUCAUUUGAUAAUGCUUUCAAAUGUUCAAAUAAUAAAUUAAUGAGCCUUAAUUCUUUGAAAGAGAUACCUACAUCAGUACUUGUUCAAUUAAGUUAUACAUAUACAAUAAUUAGACCAUAUGAUAAUAUAACUAUACAACUUCAAAAUGAAACAAUCCAUAGAAAACAAAUUGAACAUGAUCAAUUGGGUACAAAAAUAUAUUGGUCAAUAAAUUCUAAUGAAAAUCAUAGCAUAGUAACUGAACAAAAUCAAAAUGAACCACGUAAUUUAGAAUUAACAGCUUAUGCAUUUUUAAUGUUCAAUUCUAUGAAUCAAUCUAUUCAUGAUUUAUUUCCAAUGAUUCGAUGGAUUAGUUCAAAACAAAAAUCAAAUGGUGGUUUUUAUUCCACACAAGAUACAGUACUUAGUCUUGAAUCAAUUGCUGAAUUUGCUAAACGAUUAGGUUUAUCAAAAACUUUAGAUUUAAAUGUAUCAUCAAAUCUACUUAUGAUUUCAAAUAGGAUGAAUUAUGGUAAUUAUACAUGGAAUGAUUUAAUGACACCAGAUAAACGACAAGUGAUUAAUCAAAUUGAAUUACCUCAAUAUCAUUUCAAUGAUCAUAAUGAUAAGAUCAUACAUUCUAUUUGGGAAUUAAAAAUGAAUCAAUCACAAACUGAUUGUAUAUUAGUACAAAAUACAUUUAUAUAUAAUUUACCUGAAAAGAGAAAUAUUGACAAAAAGAUUAAAUUAUCUUUGGAUAUUAUUCAACAAAAUCAAUUAUCAGAUAUGAACUGUAAAUUAGCUACAUUAUCCAUGUGUUUACAAUUGAAUCAUAUGAAAAAUUUAAGUACUAUCAGUACUGGAAUGUUAUUAAUACAUGUUGCUAUGGUAACUGGUUGGGAACCAAUAUUAGAAGAAUUACAUUUACAAUUAGGUUCUGAUGAUGAAUCCUUAAGAAAAUUUACUAUCAAUGAUCAAAAUGAAAUUUCAUUAUAUUUUGAUGAAUUCUCUCAAAAUGAAACAAUCAAAUUCGAUGGUGAUUGGACAAAAUUAAAACGAUGUGUUAAUUUACCAUUAAAACAAACACAUUAUGUACAAAAUGUUAAAUUAGCAACAAUCACUGGUUAUGAAUAUUAUACACCAGAUGAAAGUGUUACAAUCCCUUAUCAAUUAGAUGAAUGUAAACAAGGAUGGAAUAUAUCUAUGAAUGAAUCAUCAAUAGAUCAUUUUACUGAAUCUAUCAUAACUACUGAUAGUUCUAUAGAGAAUAUAAUAACUCCACAAAUGAAACCAAUUUGUCCAUUAUGUAUAGAUCAAAUGAAUAAUACAAUAUUACUUGCUGAUGAACUAUUUACAUCCGUAUGUAAUUAUACAAAUGGUAUAUUUCUUAUCAAAGUUUUAGAAUAUAAUAACAAUACUAUCAAUGUGACAAUUAUACAAAUAUCACAAUCUGGUUAUACAGCUAGUUGGAAUACCACUAUAUUGUUGCCGAAUCUUAUAGAAUGUUCCUGUCAAUUAAUCCAUACACAUCAGUAUUUAGUAUUAUUUUUUGAUCAAUAUACUACUAUUUAUCAAGGUAUUGCUCAAAUUGAUUUCAAUACAUUAAAUGUUACUGCUAAAUUGAUAUCUACUAAUGAUAUAUUACCUCAUUUAGAAUUAGCAUAUCAAAAAUGGUUAACUAUAUCAUCUAAUUUAACGAGUAAUGAAGAUUCUAAUUAUUAUGAUUUCUUUACUUAUAAUUGUAAACGAUUACCACGGAUAAUUAAAUAUAUUGAAGAGCGAUUUAUGAAUUAAACCAUUUGUAAUAUGAAAUAAUGAUAAGUUUUGGAAAAACAAAAACAAAAACCUAGUAAAAAAAAGAAUAAUCAUUUUACCUUUUUGCGUGGGCGUAUGUAUCUGUGUGUGCGUGUGUGUGUGUGAAGUCACCUUGACGACAUAUUUUGCGCUUAUGAUUAUUAUGAUCCUCUUUUUUCCCCAAGUAAAUAUUGAUUAAAGAAUAAUCCUUUUUAGUCUUUUUUUGUGUGUGUUUAAAUGAAUAAAAACUUUAUUUAAUC